UAUUUAGUCUUAACUGUGACCCAUUUUUAAUUAAAUGCCAUUAAUCACCGAAUAUGCCUUCUCCCAAAUUCUCUAUGCCUCUCCCUUCUAGCUUCGGCGACUCAUUUUUGCCCUUUUUCCCCCCCUAGAAACCCCACUUCCUCACGCCAAGCAUAUCCCCUUUAAUAUUCUACCGAUUCCCCCAUUAUAAAAAACCGCUCACUCCCUUUCUACCUUCUCAUCUUCCUCGUCACUCAGAUAUUUUUGCUCUUCCUUUCGAUUCGAUUUUCUCUGUCGUUUUUGUUUCUGCGAUUCAAUUUCUCGCAGAUUUUUUGUUUUCCUGUUUUUGGUUUUUCUUUUUGAGAGUUGAGAUCUGUCGGGAAUGAAGUUCGGGAAGCGACUGAAGAAACAGAUUAUGGAGUCGCUGCCGGAAUGGCGCGACAAUUUCCUGUCGUACAAGGAGUUGAAGAAGCUGGUGCGGCUGAUAUCGGAGGCGCCGCCGUUGCCGGACGGAGAGAGGGAGUAUGGGAAGGCGGAGGCUGAGUUUGUGUAUCUGUUGAACAACGAGAUCGACAAGUUCAACAACUUCUUCAUGGAGCAGGAGGAGGAUUUCGUGAUCCGGCACGAGGCGUUGGAAGAGAAGAUGAAGGAAGUGAGAGAGAGAUGGGGACCAAAUGGAAGUGAGGCUUCAGAAGCGAACUACAGAGAGGAGAUAGCGAAGAUCAGAAAAGAUAUGGUUGAUUUCCAUGGCGAGAUGGUCCUGUUAGUUAAUUACAGUAGCAUCAAUUACACUGGAUUGGCAAAAAUACUGAAGAAAUACGACAAGAGGACAGGUGGGUUGUUGAGGCUACCAUUCAUACAGAAAGUACUGGAGCAACCCUUCUACGCCACGGAUCAAAUCUCCAAACUGGUCAAGAAAUGUGAGGGAAUGAUGGACGUGGUGUUCCCGGCGGCGGAGGAAGAACUGGCAGAGAGGGCCAGAGAAGCGAGAGAUGCCAUUACGGUCGCCGGAGAAGGCAUCUUCAGGAACACCGUGGCAGCUCUGCUGACCAUCCAGGAGAUCAGAGCAGGAAGCUCCACUCAGAGUGCCUUCUCUUUGCCUCCUCUGAAUAUGCCUGAUUCUCACCUCAUUCAGGCCUUUCAGCUCAAUUCCACCAUCCCCACUAAUUGAUAUUGAUACUACAGAUUUCAUACUGGUCAGUUGUAUACUUGCUAGGAGAUCAGUCUAGGAAUAUACUUAUAUAUAUAUAUAUAUAUAUAUAUAUAAACACGCCAGCAGAUUAUACAAGUCCUUGUUCCACAGCUUUGAUCAAUAUGGUUUUUUUUUAUAAAAAAAAUUCAUUUAUAAGAUCAUACAAACUCUUGAUCUUGAA